AUCUGAACAUUAAGAGGAUGUAAACGAAAAAUUGUUAGAAAGAUAUAGCCUGGGUUUUUGUAGGUUUACAAACUGCAGAGCAAAUCGGGACAUAAAGAUAGUUUUACUGAUUAGUACAAUCUACAAUUUAAGAUCAACUUGAAAUAGAAGCCAUGGCUGGACAUAAUGAUUCUGGUGGAUCCGAGAAGAAAUCAAGUGAAGCAGCUAAUGAUUUACAGACAUUCAGUGCUGAGAAUUUACAAAGUAACAUGAAAGUGAUAUAUUACAGCCGAACAUUUUUGUCUAUCAUUGGUGGGGUGGUUGCUGGAAUUUUGGGAUACACGGGUUUGACUGGAUUUAUCUUUUAUUUCCUUAUCAUGGCAAUCACUUCAGUCGGACUCAUAGCCAAAGCAAAGUUUUCUGUUCAUUCUUACUUUGACUCUUGGAACAGGAUUGUACUUGAUGGCUUUUUUGGAGGGCUUAUGUCAUUCGUGCUGUUCUGGACAUUUGCAUAUGAUAUUGUGCAUAUAUUCUGAUAAGGUAUCUGCUACAUCUCGGACGGGAAUGAAAAAGCGCCAUGUUGAGACCCUAAUCUACAUCAUCCUGGAGCUCGAAUGCGACCGAAUUGCUUUGUGCCAUUACAAAACAAUUACAAAGAUCACUUGUAUUCAUCUGUUUUUGAAGUUCGGUUAAACAAACCCAUACUUUUUGGACUUGAUUGUAGAAGAGAAACCUUUGUAAGGGAGAUGCUUCAUGCUAUUCAAAUUAUACUUUCUUCAUUUUAUUUUAUUU